AUGGCAAAGGCUCGUUCAAAAAAACCAAAUAAAGGAAACCAUGGCAAACCAAAAAAUGACAAAAAAAAUCAUUUGGAUGAAAGUAGCAUAAAGAUUAAAAAAAGAAGAAGUGACUCUAGAAAAAAACAAGGCAUAAUGAUGGUGCCAAAUUCUUCUGGUGAUAUUCUGGAUAGAAUUCAGGAAGCACCUAUGGACAUGUCUUCAAUAGCAGGAAAAAGGUUGAAACAUACUAAAUCCUUCAUGAAAGAAUUUAAAAAAGUUCUUGAAGAAGCAGACGUAGUGUUAGAAGUAGUUGAUGCUAGAGAUCCUCUUGGAACUCGAUGUUCCCAAGUGCAAGAAACAGUUGCGCAAAUGAAUAAGCGACUUGUUCUCGUUAUAAAUAAAGCAGACUUAAUUUCUCGUGAAAAUUUAGCCAGCUGGUUGAAAUAUUUUAAAAGAAGUAUUCCAGCUGUACCCUUCAAGAGUUCUACUCAGAGUCAGUCAAAAAAACUUGGUCGGAAAAAACUUAGUAAUAUGAAUCAAGAGAUUUUACAAAAUAGCGCUUGUUUUGGAGCAGAAUUACUUAUGCAUUUACUUGGAAAUUACUGUCGCAAUGCUGGAAAUACUAAAGGAAGUAUUCAUGUUGGUGUUGUUGGUCUGCCCAAUGUUGGAAAAUCUAGCGUGAUAAAUUCACUCAAAAGAAGUAAAGCUUGCAGUACUGGAAAUACUCCUGGAGUUACAAAAGCAAUGCAAAUUGUUCAGCUCGACUCAAAAAUAAAAUUAUUGGAUUGUCCUGGAAUAGUCUUUGAGAACAAUGACCCCAAUAAUGCAAAUGUUGCAUUGAAAAAUGCAGUAAAAAUAGAAACUUUGGAUGAUCCAAUUACCCCUGCUACUGUUGUAUUACAAAAAGUACCUAUGUCUCAAUUGGCAGAACUAUAUAAUAUUAAUGAAUUCAAAAGCCCAGAAGAAUUUUUUGCUAAAAAGGCUAUGAAAAUGGGUAAAUUAAAGAAGGGCGGUAUUCCUGACAUAGAAGCUGCAGCUCGCAGUAUUCUGACAGAUUGGAAUGCAGGUAAAAUCAAGUAUUGUUCUAUACCUCCUGAAGAAAAAGACUCUCAAAUAUCAGCUUCAAUUCUGACUACAUCCAAAGAAGAGUUCAAUAUUGAUAUGUUUGAGGCUAGUGAAAAAAUGGUGUUAGACAGCAUAUCAGGGACAGGCAGUAAUGAAAUGGAUACAUUGUAGUUUAGUAUCUUAAUAAAAAUGUGGUUAAAUUUCAUUAUUUUUCUGAAUAUAAUCUUGUAUUAAGUGA